UCAGCAAUUGCUGCUGGACUCCAUGGCUACAAUGGUGUCCUAGUAGGGAUGCUAAUGGCUGUCUUCUCAGACAAGGGUGAAUAUUACUGGUGGCUUCUACUUCCUGUUAUUCUCAUGUCCAUGACCUGCCCUAUUUUUACCAGUGCUUUAGGUUUGCUGCUCAGCAAAUGGGACCUGCCAGUUUUCACGUUGCCUUUCAACCUGGCUCUGAGUCUGUUUAUAGGGGCCACUGGUCAUUAUAAUUCUUUCUUCCCUACAACGCUGAUAGAACCAACCACCUCUUUGCCCAAUGCCUCUUGGUCUGAAGUUCACGUGAUUAUGCUCUUGCGGUCUAUCCCAGUAGGAAUUGGGCAGGUAUAUGGUUGCGAUAACCCUUGGAGUGGUGGUAUCAUCAUGCUGGCUCUUUUCAUUUCAUCCCCUCUCAUCUUCAGUCAUGCUGUGAUUGGCUCAGCAAUUGGAGUACCUGCAGCCCUGAGUCUGGCCUCUCCUUUGAACAAGAUUUAUGACGGCUUGUGGAAUUACAACAGCUGCCUUUCCUGCAUCGCCAUAGGAGGAAUGUUCUAUGCCCUCACCUGGCAGACGUUUGGACUGGCAAUAGCUUGUGCCUUUUUUACCAGCUACGUGGGAGAAGCUAUGGGCCGUAUGUUUUCUGUGUUUGGGAUGCCAGUGGGGACAUGGCCUUUCUGCUUAUCAUCGCUCACCUUCCUGCUCUUAGUAACCACCAAUGAGGCCAUCUUCAAACUGCCUCUCUCCAAAGUCACCUACCCAGAAGCCAACCGGGCAUAUUAUUUGGCGAGGAAGAGAUCGUGCCCUGAAUCCACUUGUGACAAAGUGUAACAGACUAAAUCAAAGGAAAGAGUUUAUCUUCACAAGUAGGACCUUCCCGAGGAAGAACAGAACCGUAAACAACCACUUAGUUUUCAGUGGGCAGUUUGUCCUUCUGGGUUGUAGAUAUCUUCACUUGGAUCAAUAAGGUUCAACGUUCAGGACAUUCUUCAGUCAGAAGUGAAUGCAAUAUCUGAUUCAUCCGGAAAGGAACAUAAUAUUUGUCAGACAAAUAAGAGUUUAGACAGCGGGAUUCAGCUCUUGAAGCAACAUCUGAUCCCAUUGAUUUUUAAUCACAUUAAAACAUCUACAAGGACAUUUGUUAACCAAAGCAGGAAGAGAUGUUUCAGAUGAGAUCCAGACUUCAUUAUAGUUCGACCAGCAAAAUCAAUGGAGUUUAAGUUAGUGAAUCUUUGAUCCCACCGAUUUCAGUGGGAUUACAUUAAAUAUGAUGAAGUCUGGAAGAUCCAAACCAUUCUUUGUAUAAAGAAGAGAAAUUAUUAGGUUUCCAUUUACAAACUUAGCUGUUACCUGCAAACUAUGACUAUUUUAUAUGAAGUCUGAUAAGAUAUGUUUACAGUAUCCUCUAAUUCCUAGCAUUAUAGAGUGUAGCGAGUAGCCAUUGCUAGAGCAAAGUUUAUAUGAAGAAGGCUUUGGAGCCCUUGGUGCUCUCUAAGCUUGGUUUGCUUGCAGACAUUUCAU